AUGUUCGCCGCCGCCGCCCUCGCCGCCUCACUCGUCGCUUCUGCCUUCGCGGCUCCCCUUCCCGUGACCCUUCGCACCGUCGAGGCCGCCCUCUCGCUUCCCAACACCACGCAGACCAACACUGCUUACUACUACUACCAGAACGGCCGUGCUGGCGCCUGCGGCUGGUACUCGAAGGACUCUGACCUCGUUGUCGGUCUCCCCCGCGAGUUCUACUCGGAUCUCGCCUCGGUCUCGCCUUAUUGCGGCCAGUUCGUCGUCGUCGAGGGCAAGGACAACAAGACCAUCACCGCUCUCGUCGCCGAUGCCUCGACUCUCAACGAGACGAUGACCCUCUCGAUCGGCUCGUGGGACGCUCUCAACGGUAACGACGGCCUCACGACCGUCCAGUGGCGCUUCGCGAACGCGACCGAGUCGUCUGCCGCCAAGAAGGCCCUCGAGUCUAGCUCGCCCGCUCCCGCCCCCGCUCCUUCGUCGACCUCGACCUACGUCGCUCCUUCGUCCUCGUCGCCGGCCGCCGAGGCUGAGGUCCAGACCACGUCCGCCGCCCCCGAGAAGCCUUCGAGCACUUCGACCUGGGAGGCGCCCAAGUCUUCCUCGACCUCGUACGCCCCCAAGCCCUCGUCGACGUCGACCUGGGAGGAGAAGAAGACCUCGACCACGACUUGGGCACCUGCACCUACCACCACGACCACCACGUCCGAGUGGAAGCCUACCACCACCACGACGACCUGGACUCCUCCCCAGACUACCACCACCACCUGGGAGGCCCCGCAGACCACUCAGGCCAAGACCUACUCGUCCGCCAGCUCCGGCCAGUACUCCGGCCAGGCGACGUUCUUCUACCAGGGAGGCAACCCCGGCUCGUGCGGCACCGUUCACAGUGACUCGGACUACAUCGUCGCGGUCAACGCCGCUCAGAUGAACAGCGGCUGGUGCGGCAAGACCGUCUCUAUCCGCAACACGGCCACCGGCGCUUCCAUCACCGCUACCGUUGCCGACACCUGCCCUGGUUGUGGUUACGGAAGUUUGGACCUUAGUACUGGUGCCUUUAACGCCCUCGGCUCGGAGAGUCAGGGUGUACUGCCGAUCUCUUGGGGAUUUUAA